AUGUUCGCCUCGCCGCUCGUGUCAUCCCCACCUUUGACAACGCCGUCGUCGCGCUCAACAGGUGCACAGAGGCGCGCGUCGCAACCCAGCCGCCGUCGCAUCCGCCGCGCGGAUGUCUCAAAUCAUAUCGACGUCGAGGAUCUCCAGCGCAUCAUGCAGUGGUGGGAGAACGGCACCUACCCGCGGAAACACCUGCGCGAAGAGGACCUGCCUCCGGGCUACGGCUUUGACGACUUUCACCUCAUGGUUCCGCUGGAGCAUGCUUGGCCGCCCAUCAAGAGUGCCUCCUCGUCGCCUGUGAGCUGGCCGGCGACGAGCCUCAUCACGCCGGUACGCUCCAUACGGGAGAGCGUCAAGACGGCGGCGACGGCGGCGGCGGCGGCAACGGCGGCGGUGGCAGCAACCCCUCAGUGGUCGCCCUACCGGUUGGUGCCCAUCCCUCGUGAGCGCACGACACUGGCGCCCCCGAAGACGAAGGUUCCGGCCACUCAGAGCACUGGGUGCUCUGAGAACCCGGCAGGCGAGAUACGCGGUCACCACCCGCCUCCAGCAACACCCGUGGCGGCAGACCCCCGAUGUGUCUGUCCCGAUGACGUCCCAUCCAUGCUUCUCUUGGCCCUCGACAUUCCCACGGCAUUCACACCAGCCUUUGCGACGAAACUGAUUCCCUUGCUUGGCAAGCUCUGCCGGCCGCAUCUGCAACAUUUCGCCGAGCACACCGCUGCGGCAAUGAACAUCCAGCCCCAUAUCACUCCAACCACGGCGAUAGAAACUAACCCAACCAACCCCACCACGUCUGCUGCAUCUGCCGCCCAGCGCAGUGUCGAUGAGCACAGGCCAAAGAGGCAGCGAGUCGACGACCAGAGCCCACUUGGGACAGCGUCACAGGGGCGGGCCUUGCAUGACCGCGAUGCCGAUGAGGCCUAUCGAAAGCAAGUGUUAAGCGAGCUGCGGCAGACGGUCGAGGACACGAUCUUCCCACGGAGUACGCAUGGCGAGGGAACCAACAGACUGAUUCAGGAACUUCUCGAGAAGGCUGAGCCGCCAAACACGUCCCGCGACAAGGGCGCCAUCGAGAUGCUGUUCUGCAGCGGCGACCAAGCAGAGGCCCUCGUCGACUUUGAGUCCCCGCACGGCGCACCCAUUGUCACCGACGGCCAGCAACAGUUCCGCUGGAAGACGAGGGAGCGCCCGAUCGCUCAAUUUCUCCGUCGCAUGGGAAACCUCGACAGGUUCAUCUCGGUCCAGAUCCCUUCGCGCAGCGCCCUCUCGGAGUCGUUCGAGGUCCGCAAGUUGAGCGAGGUCAAGUCUCGCUACCUCGCCGACGAGAGCACCGACGACCCGUGGAACAUUCUCGACCUACAGAGCCCCUUCCGUCGGCGAUCCUGCCGAGUUUUUUUUCGGGCGAGAAUUCCCAGUUGCUCCUCCAAGUCCGCGACACCGGUCUCAUGGAAGGAGAAUUGCCGAGAGGGUCGUCGCCUCCAGCCGACAGUUGAACGAAUGGCGGGACGGGCCCCCCUGGAUCGCCAAUCCGGGCUCCUACACCGGCGCCGCUGGGGCUACACCGUGCUCAAGCCCGGCCAGACCGUCUUCUUCGUCUCAGGUACCAUCCACUUUGUCUUUCGCAUACGCGCGCCUCAGACGCUGGCGCUCGGCGGGCACGUCCUGCAGUGGUCCGGUCUUGAGCGUUGGAUGGCCAUCGUCCUGACGCAGAUGCAAAACCCAUCCAUCACCAAUGAGGACAUGGGCAUCAGCGCAGCGAAAUAUGUUGGUGUCGUCUCGAGGCUCGUGGCGGCCAAAGUGAAUGAGGACAGGUCGAACGGGCUCGAGAUUGAGGACCGCAUCCUGCGUUUUCUGGGCUCUGUCAAGGCAUUUGAAACGGCAUAUGGUCAACUGAGCAAGAAGAAGCGUCGCUCGCCGGCCGGUUCAAAGAAACGGGCUCGAUGA